CCAAUACACGAAUUUUUGUUUCUUUUUCCGUGCUCCGUUAAUGGAUCUGUGAGAUCCAGUCUCUUCGUUCUCUUCUUCUCGAUCUUCUCCUUGUCGAAACGCUCAUCUGAUCUCUAUCUAUGAACGUAGUGCCUGGUUUCAUCUAUUCGGAAUCAGAUCCGUUGUAGAGAGUGAAUUGUAGGGGUCGGAAUUUCCUCGGGAAAGGGGACGAGAUGUAUAUGGUGUACGGAUGGCCGCAGGUAAUUCCUUUGGAACCGGGGUCGUGUCCGUCUUCGCAGCGCGUAGUGUACCUCAAGCUCGCCGGCCGGUUGUUGCUCGUUGUCUCUCCGUCGCACUUGGAGCUCUGGGGCUCUUCUCAGCACCGAGUGAGGUUGGGGAAGUACCUCAGAGAUGAGAAGUCGGUGCGAGAAGAAGGGGAGAAUAUGAGAGCUGUGUGGAGUCCUGACGCCAAAUUGAUCGCUGUUCUUACAUCAGCCUUCUUCCUUCAUAUUUACAAAAUCAAGUUUACGGAUAAAAGAAUAAAAACUGGCGAGAGACAACCCUCGGAUUUGUUUUUUGCGUCCAUAUCAAUUUUGCUAAGCGAGCAGGUCCCUUUUGCUGGUAAAGACAUCUCUGUGAGCAACAUUGUCAGUGACAGCAAAACUAUGCUAAUGGGACUCUCUGAUGGAUGUUUGCAUAGCAUUUCCUGGAAAGGAGAGUUUGGCGGAGCUUUCAAUUUCGACCCCCAUCUUUGUGAUGGCAAAGAUGAUAGACUCUCGCCGCACUCCCUUGGUAAUGGUCUAGUUUCUGGAGAGGCUUCGGCUGCUUUUGCCUGUGAUGAAAAAAGCUCAACAAACUCUGCCAUUGUUCAGCUGGAAUUCUGCAGUCGUUUGAGGUUAUUGUUUGUAUUAUAUUCUGAUGGGCACUUAGUGGUAUGCUCUGUAACUAAGAAAGGUUUAAAACAUACUGAGAGUAUUAAAGCUGAGAAGAGGCUGGUUAGUGAUGCUGUUUGUGCAUCAGCGGCUCCAGAGCAACAAAUUCUUGCUAUUGGCACAAGUAGAGGGGUGGUCGAAUUAUAUGACCUCUCACAAUCAAUGUCUCUCAUACGCACGGUUUCUUUGCACGAUUGGGGGUAUUCAGUGGAGGACACUGGGGCUGUCAGUAGUAUUGCAUGGACGCCUGAUAAUUCUGCUUUUGCAGUUGGAUGGAAGUUGAGAGGCCUCAGUGUUUGGUCCGUUUCUGGAUGUCGAUUGAUGUCAACCAUUCGCCAAAUUGGGCUAAGUUCUGCUUCUUCUCCCAAAAUUAAGCCAAGCCAAGACUGUAAAUAUGAACCACUGAUUAAUGGCACAUCAGUCAUCCAGUGGGAUGAAUAUGGAUAUAGACUUUAUGCUACCGAGGAGGCAUCUUGUGACAGAAUUCUUGCAUUUUCUUUUGGAAAAUGUUGCUUGAACAGAGGAGUUUCAGGAAAAACAUAUGUUCGUCAGGUGAUUUAUGGUGAAGACAGACUUCUCAUGGUUCAGUCUGAGGACACUGACGAGCUUAAGCUUUUACAUCUUAAAAUACCAGUGUCUUACAUUGCUCAAAAUUGGCCUGUUCGACAUGUGGCAGCUAGUCCGGAUGGGAAGUACAUGGCAGUUGCUGGCCUCCAUGGUCUUAUUUUAUAUGACAUUCGAUUGAAGAAAUGGCGGGUGUUUGGAGAUGUCAGUCAGGAACAAAAGAUUCAGUGCAAGGGUUUGUUAUGGUUGGGAAAGAUUGUGGUCAUUUGCAACUACAUCGACGGUUCAGACACGUAUGAGUUACUUUUUUAUCCAAGAUAUCAUCUUGAUCAGAGCUCUUUACUUUGUCGCAAGGUCCUCCUUGCAAAACCAAUGGUGAUGGAUGUGUAUCAGGAUUACAUACUUGUUUCUUAUCUUCCAUUUGACGUUCAAAUAUUCCAUGUCAAAAUAUGUGGUGAAUUGACUCCUUCCAGCAAACCGGAUCUGGAGCUUUCUGCAGUACGGGAAUUGUCCAUAAUGACGGCAAAGAGCCAUCCAGCAGCUAUGCGGUUUGUUCCUGAUCAGCAUCCAAGAGAAUGCAAUGUGAAUAAUGAUUCGUCUGCUGGUUUGUCAGACGGGGAACCUUCAAGGUGUCUUAUACUGAGGGCAAAUGGGGAGCUGUCACUUCUCGAUUUGGUUGAUGGACGGGAGAGGGAACUUACAGAUUCUGUUGAGCUAUUUUGGGUGACCUGCUGUCAAUCUGAGGAAAAGACAAAUCUAGUCGAGGAAGUAUCGUGGCUAGAUUAUGGGCAUAGGGGAAUGCAGGUUUGGUAUCCCUCUCUAGGUGCUGAUCCAUAUAAACAGGAGGAUUUCUUGCAGUUGGAUCCUGAGUUGGAAUUUGAUCGUGAGGUGUACCCACUGGGACUUCUACCCAAUGCUGGUGUUGUUGUUGGAGUUUCUCAGAGAAUGUCACUUUCAGCAUGUACAGAGUUUCCAUGUUUUGAACCUACACCUCAGGCGCAGACUAUACUCCAUUGCUUGCUCCGACACCUCCUUCAGAGAGACAAAAAUGAAGAGGCAUUACGUUUGGCUCAAUUAUCAGCGGAGAAGCCUCACUUUUCCCAUUGCCUUGAGUGGCUUCUUUUCACUGUUUUUGAUGCUGAGAUUUCUAGGCCGAAUGUUAACAAGAUCCAGAACUCAGGUCAUAGGCAUCUUCAGAAAGUAUCCCUUUUGCAGAAAUCCUGUGAUUUGAUAAAGAAUUUUUCGGAGUACCAUGAUGUGGUCGUGAGUGUUGCCAGGAAAACUGAUGCCCGUCACUGGGCAGAUUUGUUCUCUGCCGCUGGGAGAUCAACAGAGCUAUUUGAGGACUGCUUCCAGCGGAGAUGGUAUCGUACCGCAGCUUGUUAUAUACUUGUGAUUGCAAAGCUGGAAGGUGCUGCAGUCAGUCAGUAUUGUGCAUUACGUCUAUUGCAAGCAACACUUGAUGAAUCUUUGUAUGAUCUCGCCGGAGAGCUGGUGAGGUUUUUGCUUAGAUCUGGAAGAGAGAUUGAACAGGCACCAACAGAUUCAGAAAAAUCAUCGCCCACACUCCUGGGAUAUUUUCUUUUCCGUUCCAGCCAGAAGAACCCAUCUCUGGAUAAAAGCUCCUCUUUCAAAGAGCAGAGUCCUCAUGUUGCUUCCGUGAGGAACAUUUUGGAAAGUCAUGCUAGCUACUUGAUGUCGGAGAAGGAACUCUCAAAGCUAGUUGCAUUUGUGAAAGGCACUCAAUUUGAUGUUGUGGAUUUUCUUCAACGAGAAAGAUAUGGUAGUGCACGGUUGGAGAAUUUCGCUUCAGGACUCGAACUGAUUGGGCAAAAGCUGCAAAUGGGUGUACUACAAAGCCGGUUGGACGCAGAAUUCCUACUGGCUCACAUGUGCUCGGUGAAGUUCAAAGAAUGGAUCGUUGUUCUAGCUACCCUUUUAAGACGGUCCGAUGUUCUUUAUGAUCUUUUCCGGUAUGAUCUGCGAUUGUGGAAUGCAUACAGCAUGACACUACAGUCAAACCCUAGUUUCGGACAGUACAAUGAGCUGCUCGAGAUGCUAGAAGACAAGCUGUCGGGGACUGCCGCAGAAGCAAAGACAGGUUCAGUGGUGUCUUGAAAAUGGUGUUGAUAGUGAGGUAUUAUUAUUUUAUAUGCUUUCCAUAUUCUUAUAAACUUGAAGAAGAACAUCAAGCGUUUUGUUACUCUCUCUUUUCACGUGUGUAGAUAAAUGGUAUAUGGUAUGACCCAAAGGCAAAAUAAUCGCAGUUCCUCUACCAAAGUACACUGUUUGCUUACAUUAUAUGUCUGUUCGUUCAGUUUUAGAAACUGUUCAUGUUCA